AUGGAGUCAUCUGGCGCUGACAAGGGCUUCUUCCAGCAGUCUCCCCAAUUGCUGAAUCAAUUCUAUGAGGAUGCCACUUACCAACGCUGCUUCAAACUCUUUCUGUCCGCUGAAUUAAGAGCUCAAAUCGAACAGGAAGUCUCAAAACUCGGCAGGGAGGUUCUUACCGACAGAAUAUUCGCCUGGAUCACAGAUGCAGAACGAAACAAGCCGUAUCUCAAAGGCUCCGGCCGAAACGCAUUUGGACAAUGGCAAGGAAAGCUCAUCAUGACAGAAGGAUGGCGCCAGCUGCAGGAAUUUGGCUUUGCAAAGGGGCAAGUUGAUGUAUCCAAUAAGUAG